AGAUGGUGGCCAACCUGUCUGCCUGUGACCGGGUUGACUCCAAGGCCCUGGUGGACUGCCUGCGGGGCAAGAGCGAAGAGGAGAUUCUGGCUAUUAACAAGGCCUUCCAGAUCAUCCCCGGCGUGGUGGAUGGGGCCUUCCUGCCCAGGGACCCCCAGGAGCUGCUGGCCUCUGCCGACUUCCAGCCUUCCCCAGCAUCAUUGGCAUCAACAAUGAUGAGUACUGCUGGAUGUCCCCCAAGGUGAGGCCCAGGCCCGAGGCCUCAGAUGCCCCAGGAAGUUACA